AUGAUGCUGCACGCGGCCGCCACCGUCCUCAACCUCCACGCCCAGGCCGUCUCCAUCCAGAACAUCCGGAGUCUGAUCACGACCAUCCUCGACAUCAACUCCGGCAACUACGCUCGCUGGCGUGAUCAGUUUCUACUGACCACCGGCAAGUUCUCCCUCCAGGAUCACGUGCUGGUCGACGCCCGCGCCCCUGCUUCCCCGGACUGGGCGCGCAUGGACUGUGUCGUCCAGUCCUGGAUCACUGGCACCCUCUCCGACGAUCUCGCCGAGGCCAUCUCCAGCCACGGCGCCACGGCACGCGAUCUGUGGGUCGCUGUGGAGACACACUUCCUAGGGAACCACAAGACUCGCACCAUCCUCCUCGACGUCGAGUUCCAUGGCUUCUCCCAGGGCGACCUCUCCAUCGCCGACUACUGCCGGCGCUUCAAGAAGAUAGCUGAUCAGCUCGAUGAUCUCGGGUCUCCCGUCUCGGACCGCACGCUCGUCCUCAACGUGCUUCGCAGCCUCAACGAGCGCUUCACCAGCAUCAGCGUUCAUCUCCGUCGUGCUAGCCCGUUCCCGACCUUCAAGGAGGCCCAGGCUGAGCUGCUGCUUGAGGAGAUGAACAUGGCGCACAAGUCCUCCUCGGCAUCGCCCGCCGCGUUCGUCGCCUCGUCCACGCCAAAGCAAGUCGCGCCCUCCGGGGGCACUGGCUCCAGCACACCUUCGACGCCCGGUUCCAAGCCCAAGAACCGACGCUCGAGGCGCGGUGGCAGCAACGGCGACAACAACAGCGCCAACACCCGGUCCCCCGACGCUGCUGCGCCCUCCGGUGGCCAGGCUGCUAGCGCCAAAUCGGCGGCCUCCCCUUGGCCGUCCUUCUGGAACCCAUGGACCGGGUCUAUCCAGAUGUGGCCUGGUCCCUGGCCUCCCCUGGCGCCACUUCCUCCACGUCCGCAGCAGGCCAUGCUGGUUCAGCCGAACCAGCAGUAG